AAAAAAGGAUUGAAAAAAAAAAUUGAGAUUAGUCCAAUAGAUUUGAAAAGAAUGGAAAAUUAAAGGAAAGAGAGUAAAAGAGCAAAGGCAACAACAACAAAAGAGGAGUUUGGAUUGCGCUCUCAUCAUCAUCGUCACCUUCUUCUUCAUCAUAAUAAUAAUCAUCAACCCUUCAAAUUUUCCCCAGAUUUUUUCACCCCCAAUUUCUUCAACAAUGCCCUAAUUUCUCAAAACUCCCCAAAAAAUCAAAAUCAUGUCCACCAUUUUCAAUUCCUAAGCUCAAAUCCCUCUUUCUCUCUCCUAUACUCCAAUUUCAAAUUCGAAUUUUGGGGGCCAAAAUCAUGCAUAGAGAAAGAGGUAACGUCGGAGGUGGGUCGUCGGAAAUCGGAACUAUUGAUCGGAAACGUAUCAAUGAUGUGUUGGAUAAGCAUCUCGAUCGAAGCUCAGCUUCAACUUCGAGGGGAUUGAGCACUAACCCUAAGGAUAAAGAAUUUAGGGUUUCUGCGCCUUCGACUUCCACCGGAAAAACGCCGUCUGAUUACUCUGGGUUGAAUAAUUCCAAUAAUCGCUCUGAUGAGGAGUCUGAAACUGACAGUGAAGAGUCGGAUGUUAGUGGUUCUGAUGGUGAGGAUACAUCAUGGAUUUCAUGGUUUUGCAAUUUGCGAGGGAAUGAAUUUUUCUGUGAGGUUGAUGACGAUUACAUCCAAGAUGACUUCAAUCUUUGUGGAUUAAGCAGCCAAGUUCCUUAUUAUGAUUAUGCUCUUGACCUCAUUUUGGAUGUUGAAUCUUCUCAUGGUGAUAUGUUUACGGAGGAGCAGAAUGAGUUGAUAGAAUCUGCAGCAGAAAUGCUUUAUGGCCUUAUUCAUGUUCGAUACAUCUUGACUACUAAAGGAAUGGCUGCUAUGCUAGAGAAAUACAAAAACUAUGAUUUUGGGCGAUGUCCUAGGGUUUACUGCUCUGGGCAGCCUUGCCUUCCUGUUGGCCAAUCUGACAUUCCACGAUCAAGCACCGUGAAGAUCUAUUGUCCAAAAUGUGAAGACAUCUAUUAUCCGCGAUCCAAAUACCAAGGCAAUGGUGCUUACUUUGGAACUACAUUCCCUCACCUUUUUCUGAUGACAUAUGGUAACCUCAAGCCAACACAAGCAACUAGGAGUUAUGUGCCAAGGAUUUUCGGUUUCAAGGUGCACAAGCCUUGACAUGUCAGUAUUUCAUGCUGCUUCUCACAAUGCCGAAAAAACCACUGCUUAGCAGUGUUCCUCUUUUGUUCUUUUUUGAGUACAUAUGCCUCAAAUUUUCCAGGUAAAAACUGCAGUGGUUUUUACAAAUUCACAAACAAACUUUUAGGGAAGAAGAUCCAUGUAAAAUGGCUAAAGCCACCUCAAAAGUUGUUAGUGACAGUAUGCGUGUAAUUUUAUUCCUAAGUUUUAUUGAUAAUCACUUAGUGUCACAUUGGUUGUCUU